AUGUUGGAAGGUGUGUGUUGGAGGCUGCUUUAUCUGUUCCUUUUCAGCGUCCUUGUUGAUGCGAAUGCAGGGCACUAUGGUCUACCAUUAUAUCUCCGAUAUGAGGAUACUUCACCUAUGUUCCAACUACUUCCGCGAUCAGCAAUGCGAGUUCGACGAGCCUCUUCCAUUUUGCCUCAAGAAAGAGGUGAUGAGAAAGAAGGACCGGAUAUGUGGAACACGCAUAUUCCAGAUGAUAUAGAUGUGGAGAAAGAAAACAAUACUGUUGACCACCAGUACUACCUGAUGACUAUUUAUGCAAACCGUUCUGAUCAAACGAAGAGAUAUUGGGUCGAUAUUGACGAAAUGUUGAAGAAACCAGGAGUUGUCGGAAACGCUAGCCAUCCGCUUCUAUCUGGAACUUACCGCAGAGCCGUUGGGGCUAAACUUAGCUUCAAGUUCCCCUUCUAUGGCCAUAUGAUGGCAAAUCUCACAAUUGCUACUGGAGGUUUUCUCUAUGUUGGUGAUCAAACCCACAACUGGCUUGCUGCUACGCAGUAUAUCGCUCCUUUGAUGGCCAAUUUUGAUACAACGCUCGAUGGUUCAAGUAUUCUCUACGCUGAUGAUGGUGAACGUUUCGUAGUGGAGUGGAGGAAAGUGCAAUUAAGAGAGCAGCAUCAGGGUGCCCAUGAACGUAUCGCACAUAAGCGACGAGCAGCAUCCUGUCAAAUGUGGAAUUAG